UGCGCUUGCAGUAUCCUUUCUUGUACUUUGGACGCAAAUACCAGAACAUAUAUGUCAACAAUAAUGGACAUUUGACUUUUGAUGAACCAUUUUUUGAAAGACCGCCCAAGGCUUUCCCUGCCAACUCUACUAGAGACAUUAUUGCUCCACUCUGGGCAAUGUUUGACUGUAGUGUCAAUGGAAGCGUCUCUUACCGUGUGGUAACUCAAGGACGUAUUCUGGACCAGGCGAGGAGUGAUGUCAAACAGUAUUUCCCUCUGUUUGGGUUCUCAGUACAUACAGUCUUCAUUGCUACUUGGGAUAGAGUGCCCUACUUCAACAGCUCUUUGAUGGAAUCCUCCUUCCAAGUCGUUCUAGUCACUUGCAGGACUCUUUCCUUUGUCAUAAUGAACUAUGGAAAUAUCUCCUCAACAGAUCAAAGUUUUCAGGCUGGCUAUGACACAAUAAACUCAACAAAUUAUUUUUCAAUCCCUGUGCCUGAUGAAAAUAAACUCUCCAACUCCAGCAAUGUCAAUGUGACGGGACGAUGGGUAUUUCGUGUUGAUGGCGGGCCUGAGGAGGGAAUAUUCUACCCAUAUGGUGAUGUAGAGGAUGAGAAAAACCCACAGUUGGAUGAUGGAAGUUCUCCACUGAUCCCCUUGCUGCAGCCAUUUGUGUACUUUGGCCAUGUAUAUGACAAAAUAUUUGUGAAUAAUAAUGGAGACCUGACCUUUGAUGAGCCACUUUCCCAGUGGCUUCCCAAUUAUUUUCCUGCAUACUCAACUAAAGACAUCAUCGCUCCACUGUGGACAGACAUUGAUAAUAGUAGGAAAGGAACCAUCUCUUACCGACAAGUAACAGACGGUCCUCUCUUGAAUCGGGCUUCAAGAGACAUAAACCAAUAUUUUCCCAACUUGAACUUCUCUGCCUCGUGGGUUUUUAUUGCUACAUGGGAUAAAGUACCGUACAUUGGAAACAGUGAAGCAGAGUCGACCUUCCAAGUGGUUUUGGUGUCUGGAAAAAACCUGUCAUUUACACUCAUGCAUUAUGAUCAUAUCACAUCCACCUAUGCUGUAGAGUCUGGAUAUGACACAAUGUGCUCUACUAAUUUCCUUUCAAUUCCUGUUUCUGACAUCACAAACCUGUCAUACACAAGCAACGUCAAUGACAUGGGUAGAUGGGUAUUUCGUGUCGACAAUUCAUCAGAAAGAAUCGCCUCAGAUAAUCUUCCCAGUGCUCAGGUGUGUGGAAGAACCGCAUUUACCACCAGCAGCAGGGUAGUAGGAGGUCAGAACGCUUCAGCUGGACGCUGGCCAUGGCAGGCUAGCAUUCUUCUGAACGGCAGUCACAUCUGUGGAGGUUCUCUCAUCAACAAAGAAUGGGUGAUGACCGCUGCCCAUUGUGUUGAUAGCUUUGCCAGUGAUGCCAUCUAUUCUUUAACUGUGGUUUUGGGGCGUCAGACCCAGGAAGGCUUCAACCCAAACGAAGUGUACAGAAAUGUGACGACAGUCAACAAUCAUCCCAGUUACAACUAUCUUACAAAUGACAAUGAUAUCGCUCUGCUCAAAUUGAGCUCUCCCGUCAACUUCACUGAUUACAUCAGACCCGUGUGUCUAGCAGCUGAUGGCAGUGUGUUUAAUAGCGGCACAGAGAGCUGGAUCACUGGAUGGGGAAACAUUGAUGAAGGAGUGUCCCUCCCAUCACCUAAUGUUCUACAGGAAGUGGAGGUUCCUGUAAUUGGUAACAGACAGUGCAACUGCCUCUAUGGAGUUGGAAAUAUAACAGACAACAUGAUCUGUGCUGGUCUACUGGAGGGAGGCAAGGACUCAUGUCAGGGAGAUUCAGGAGGUCCGAUGGUGAGCAAUCAGAGCUCUGUAUGGGUCCAGUCCGGUAUCGUUAGUUUUGGGUUUGGCUGUGCUCAACCUGAAUAUCCCGGAGUUUACACCAGAGUAUCCCGCUAUCAGGAAUGGAUCACCUCCUUCAUGUGCAGCGAUCCUCCAGGUUUUGUGCAGUUUACCUCCACUGGAACAGAUUCUGACAACAGUUACACCUGUCCUGAUCUUCCUCCUCUUCCUACUUCUGCUCCUACUUCUCCUUCUACUCGUACUUCUACUCCUACUUCUGCUCCUACUUCUACUUCUACUUCUACUCGUACUUCUACUCCUACUUCUGCUCCUACUUCUACUCCUACUUCUACUCCUACUUCUACUCAUACUUCCUCAACAAUUCCAUCUUCUGCAACAUCUCUUCCACAAAACUCUUUGCUAUCAUUUUUUCUAUUGCUUGUAGCAAUACCUUUCUUAUUUUAUAUGUAAAGAUACAUCACACUAAAGAUAAACUCAAAAGUUUUGGGUCAGUACGUUCUUUUUAUUAUUAUAUUAAAUUAAGUUUAUUUAUAUUUAUUCGUCAAGAAUGCAUCAAAAGCGACAGUUAAGACAUUCAUAUUGUUACUAAAAAUUAUAUUUCAUACUAAUGCUUUUCAAAUGUUCUUUUCAUUUUUCUGUUCAUCAAAGUAUGACUACUGAAAAUUAAUCUUCGUCAUCACAUGAAUAAAUUACAUUUUAAAAUAUUACAAUAGAAAGAAGUUAUUUUAAAUUGUACUAAUAUUUCACAA